GUUAUCGAGCGUGUACGGAGUCCAUGCGCGAGGAAUGCUGGAGGCCGGGAUGUAUACAGGAACGCACGGUGACAGGGAGCGCACGUCGCCUACUGAACUCUCGCUCUGUUCUCAUCCAUUAAAUCGCAGAAAACGUUACACCAGCGCGCGCAACUCUGUCAAACACGCUGCCGCAAAUUCGAUCUCCCGUAGGAUUGGAUCCCUCGGAAGUGCUGUUGUCCUUCGAGUUUACGUCUAAAUAGAAGAUCGCAAAAUGCGAGACGGAUAGUGGUCAAUGGGCUCGAAAAUUUGGAUAUGGAAAAACAUACCGGGCAUUCCAGGUCGAUGCAACGACGUAGUUUAUACGCUGCCGAAAUUGCAGUCAACGCACGAUCUUCUUAUAUUUUUUGGCGGCGACGUCCAAGAUAUUCAAAAAAACAUGGAGAAGCAUUCAGAUAGUAAGAAAUACGUAAAAUGGAGCUUGGAGAACACAGCGACUAUACUAUCUGAACAGUUUCCUGGGAGUCAUGUAUUUGUUGUUCGUCCAUCAAGGAUGACAAUAACUAAACACGCAGUAUUCAGUUGUUUCGAUAAUUUCGUAUCAGGAGAUACAUAUGGCACACCUACAUUUUGUCCAAUAUAUAAUGCUUUAAGGCAUUUAAAAGAUCUCAUUACUUGUUGCUUAGAACAUGUUAAAACAUUAAAGAUUGGAGAAGAUACUGAUAUCUGUAAUAUCGAAGCUACAAACUUAAGUCUAAUGGGCUUCAGUAAGGGAUGUGCAGUUUUGAAUCAGUUUCUUUAUGAAUUUCAUCAUUACAAUAAUGACUCGAAUAACGAUCCCAAUAUAAAUAAUUUUAUCAAACUUAUCAAAGAUAUGUGGUGGUUAGAUGGCGGACACAAUGGUCCCAAAAAUACAUGGAUUACAAAUGAGGAUAUACUUCGUUCCUUUGCUAAAUUAAGAAUAAAUACUCAUAUACAUGUAACGCCAUAUCAAAUGCAAGACAAACAUCGACCAUGGAUUCAGAUGGAAGAAAAGAGCUUCAACGAUACCUUACAAAGGAUGGGAGUAUCUGUACAACAAACUUUACAUUUUGAUGAUAAAGCACGAAGCCUCUCAUCGCAUUUCAAUGUUCUUACAGAUAUCAGAAAUAACGUGUAAUAAAACUAUCGUAUUCUUUUCUAAAUUUACGAUAUAAUCGAGCACUUGUGCUCGAACUUGUGUUAUGAAUCAUAAAAUAGAUCGCAAUUCCUUUACAUCAAGAUCAAAGUAAAGUAUAAA